CUUUCUCAAGUACCCUUACCAGUUUUUCCCUUCAUGUCUAAGCAUUAACUCAACUUCUACUUUCAUCUCAGUAGUAGCAUAUAUCUAUACUUAAUUUAGGAUUCAAGUUGUAACUUCUCAAAGAACAUUUGAAUCAGACAAAUGAGGAAUAGAACAAACCAAAGCCACGAGCUCAAGCUUCUCCUUGUUUGUCUUCUUGCGGCCUUCAUUCUCAUCUUCAUCGUUAGAUCAACUCUUAAAACUUCACAGAAACACCAGACUCCAGAAGAGACAAGAUCAGGGGGUUGUGCUGGUGCCUGCAAUAAGCUACCACGCUCCCUCGCGCAAGCCCUGAUCCAUUACUCUACUUCAGUUAUCACACCGCAACAAACGCUCAAGGAAAUAGUUGUUAGCAGUAGAGUACUCGACAAGAAGUCACCCUGCAAUUUCUUGGUGUUUGGUCUAGGCCAUGACAGCCUCAUGUGGAGCUCUCUCAACUACGGAGGCCGAACAGUAUUCCUUGAAGAAGAUGAGGUGUGGAUAAAACAGAUCAAGAGGCGGUUUCCGAUGCUGGAAACAUACCAUGUAAGCUACGACAGUAAAGUGAACCAAGCAGAGAAUCUAAUAGAAGUUGGGAAAGGACCUGAGUGCACAGCCAUUGGAGAUCCAAGGUACUCAAUGUGUCAGCUUGCACUCAAGGGUCUGCCUGAUGACAUCUAUGAGACUAGUUGGGAUCUAAUCAUGGUCGACGCACCGACUGGAUACUACGAUGAGGCUCCUGGGAGGAUGACGGCCAUUUACACGGCAGGGAUGAUGGCAAGGAACAGAGAACGCACAGGAGAGACUGAUGUUUUUGUGCAUGAUGUGAAUAGGGAAGUGGAAGACAAGUUCUCAAUGGCUUUCUUGUGUGAAGGGUACAUGAAGAAACAAGAAGGGCGACUAAGGCAUUUUAUUAUCCCUAGCUAUAGAAAUGGUUCAGAAUCAGACUCAUAUAGACUCUUUUGUCCAUAAUAUACCUAACUAUGUUUCUCCA